CUGGUUUGGUCUCAUCUCUCUCUCUCUCUCUCUAAAGAAAAAAGAUUCACAUUCUCUCUCUCUCUCUCUCUCUCUCUCACUCACUCUUUGUUCUCCUACAAUCUUUCAUAUAUAUUUUUUCUUCUUAUAGUUUGUACUAAGCCUUCUGGAGUGCAGUGUAUUUAUAGUAUCCUGCAUAAGUAGCACAAAGAAGUGACAGAAGGAAAGCAAGUUCCAUUGAUUUAAGGAAAAACAGACUUUCAACACGUUCGCUUGGCAUAUCAAAGUUCUCACGGUCGAAGAUGCUUUUAAUGAGGUUUUGUUUUUUCGAUGUGCUAUAUAGGUCCUGUUUAUUUUCUGGCUCUUCUCUCUUAAGAGAAGGAAGAGAAAGUUACUAAGGAUUGCCUAUUAAUCCAUCCAACCAAACAUGAAUGUGGACAAUGAGAACAUAGAGCCAGUGACUGAAUUAGGACUUGCACCGAGUUAUUCUAAUCAGUGUAUUCAGAGACCAAUGAACAUUGAUUCAGGUGCAGGUGCAGGUGCAAAUGCAGGUUCAAGGAUAGACAUGACAUUUGUGGCCUCUGGUCCCCUUUCUGAACUAGUUUGGUCUCCUCAUAAAGGUUUGAGUCUCAAACGUGCUGAUUCCAGCUUUGCCAAUAAAAAACCCUCACUUCUGUGGGGUGCAGGACCAAGCAAUGUGGAUUUUCCAGCACCUCAAAGCUUUAUGGGCGGGAGUUCUACAACUGACAAACCUGUAGAUGAAGUCAUUACACCACAAGUGGCAAGUCAUACAAAGGAAGAUUUUGCUGGUGCAAUUACUUCAAAUGCAUCUCUUACAAGUGCUGGUGGUGGCAUGCCAGAAUUUCAGCCAAAUCAUGAACAUAAGACAGGACCUGUUCGUAAUAUGGAGGAAGUGAACACCAUGGUAGGAUCAUCUGUUCUACAAGUUACUCGAAAGGAGGAUCUAAGAAAGAGUGAAGGUGAUGAUAUUUGUGCCCCAAUCAAUAUUCAAAUGGCUGAAAUAUCUGAGACCAGAGAAAACAAUUCUCCUAGUGUGCCAGGUGCAUGCCCGUAUCUUUUGACUCUUUUUUCCCAGAAGAUAGUUCUAGGUCUGGUAUAUGGAGGAACAUCUGAUAUUAUACCAACCGAAAUAGAUGAACCUAAACCUGACAUGGUGGCAAAUGAACCAUUUUCUGAGGACUCUAGAGGUGGAGGCAGAGAUUUUGGAAGUGGCAAUCAAAUAUUGGGAAAGAAUAUCAAUUUGGCCUCUGAUGUUCUCCCUGUGGAUAAAUGCAAAGCUUCUGAAACUUCAGUCCAGAAUCUUAGUUCCCCAGGCAAAAGACCUUUGGAAAUGCUGGAGUUCACUGCUGAGAAUGAUUUACGAACUCUGACUGGUGAUAGCGCUUGUGGUGCAGCGAAUAAGAUUGUAGAAUCAGAGUUCAAUGAAGGUAAAACUGGCUUUCAGCCAGACAAAGUUGUACUUCACAUAAACAAGGCUGUUCCGAUUGAAGUCUUCUUAACUAACAGCAGAAUCCGUAUGCCUCGAAGGAAAGGCAAGGAAAAGGCUUUAUCUAAUGGAGAUAUUGAUCGAAGAUUGUCAAAAGAGGAAGAUGAUAGCCAUGAGAGUGUUGAAAGCUGCAACAGUGGGUUGUUUUCAACAGGCAAGAAGAGGUGGAGCGUUGAAGGACACAUGAUUGUUGGGAGUAAAAGAAUCAAAAGCCAAAUUCAAGAUACACCCGGUUCAACAUCCUAUGUUAAACAAGAUAGCUCCUUUAUGAAUUGGAUAUCGAACAUGAUGAAGGGUUUCUCAAAACCAAUGCAAGGUGAGGCACCUGCUCGUGCUCUUGCUAUUGCACAUCCUGAUCAUGGACAUCAGAAUCUUCUCACAUGCAACGAGAAUCAUGAUCCAGGAUUCAAAAAUAAUGGUUUUCAGUCAAUUUUUCAGUCCUUAUAUUGUCCAAAGGCAGGAGGAGAAACAACAUUGUUUAAUGCCAAUUAUCAAACUGGAGAAGGAUCUAAGGAGCAUGAGCUGGAUAACAAGAUGUGCAACAUUAAUGCUACUCCAAUAUCCAUUUGUGAGGAUGGUGAUAAAAUAUGCAGACAAAUUCUGCUGCCAAAUGAUAAGCUUGAUGAAUCAACCUCUGGAGAUGGAGCAGAUUCAUUAAACCAGCCUAAAACAUUUCCAGUGACAUCUGUUUCCAGUAAGGAAGAUAGCAAGAUUAACUCCGGGGAGAAUAAAAAGUCAUGCAACUUGGACUUUGGAAAUGAGAAAGAUGGAAUAAGCUCCAAUUCUUCUCUGGGUAAACGUAGAACUAUCAGUGCUGAGAACAUUGAUUCUGAUCUGCUAGCUGAAGGGAAGACAACUAAUGAUCACAGAAAUAGCUUGUGGAUAACUCGGUUUUGUGCAAAAACUUCUGGCCCUGUGUUAAACGUGGAUGAUCGCAUCCAGAGUAUUGGUGUCGGUCUUGAGUGCUCCACUGAUUGCACAAGACCUCUUCCUUGUCCUGAGAAUUAUGUUGGCUUUUCCAAAAACCACAAAAGUGUGGCAGUAAGGGAGCUCUCUGCUGAAGGUCCAAUGCUUGCUUUGGGCAAGGAAUCACAGAAGUGUCCUGCUGAUACUGACGCAGUUGUUGGUUUUAAUUGGAUCAAAGGCCACAAUGAUCAGAAAUCUGUAAAUAAAUUGAACCCUAAAUUGCCUUCUCCAAAGUUUAAAAGUUCAGAGGCAAUGGCUUCUAUCUUUGCAAGAAGAUUGGAUGCCUUAAAACACAUCAUACCAUCAGAUGUAAAAGAUACUGUAACCUGUUUCUAUUGUGGCAUAAAGGGUCACCAUUUACAAGAGUGUUCUGAGAUAACAGAAAGUGAGAUUGAGGAUCUUCUAAGGAAUAUCGAUUCCUAUAUUGGGGCAGAAGAAUCGCCUUGCUUGUGCAUUAGAUGUUUCCAGUUCAGUCAUUGGGCUGUUGCAUGUCCCAGUACAUCCUCAAGAGGGCAACAUCAAACAAGAUUUGGUACUUCUUUGGUUGGUCCUAGAGAAAUGCAGCAUAAAACGGAAGGUAAAGAAAACUCAAAGCUGCUAACUGGUUGGAAGAGUCAAUUUCAAGCUGCUUGUAAUGGGAGUGCUCUAAGAAUAUCAGACCAUAAUUUUAAUUGGAAACCAAAUGAAAUGAUAGCCCCUGAAGAAAUAGGAUCUAAUGCAAAUUCAUUGAAGAAGUACAUUGCUUCAAGUCCUGUGGAAAACUAUUCAAAAGAAAAUCAGAUCAUGCCUAUCAAUAGGAAACUUUCUGAUGUACCAAAAGGAAUCUUUAACGCCAUAAAAAGCCUUCGUUUGUCUCGCUCAGAUAUCCUAAAAUGGAUGAAUUCCCAUAUGUCACUAUCACCUCUUGAUGGUUUUUUCUUGCGUCUACGGCUUCGGAAGUGGCAAGAAGGACUAGGUGGAACUAGAUACCAUGUGGCUUACAUAACUGGGAAGCAAAGAGAGAAUGCGCCACAAAAUGCAGAAAAUUCUAUCUAUGUAAACUUAGGGGGAAUCAAAGGUUUGGUUGAGAGUCAAUAUGUCUCCAACCAUGAUUUCCUUGAGUGGUUAAAUUGCCAUCACAUUUUGCAGGAUGAGCUUAUGGCAUGGUGGAGUGCAACCUCAAGUGACAGUGCCCAGAUCCCAUCUGAAGAAGAUUUAAGAUUGAAAGUCAAAAAGAGAAAAGUUUUAGGCUUCUAGGAAUCUCCUGAUUUCAGACAUCAUAUCUUUGUUAGUGUCGGCAAUUAAAAUUCUAGCUCACACAAAUGCAAAGUGAGAAGUGAGACAGUUAACGAGCAUUCUUACGUAGCAUAUGUAAAAAUUUAAAAAAAAAAAUUUAUGUUUGCAACAUUGUACAUGUGAAACAUGAAUGUCUAGUUGAAAGUAGGAAAUUCUAUUUUGAAUGUCAUCUUGAACAUGUGAAGGAGGAAUCUUUUUAA